AUGCAGUACGAGCGGAUCACCCCAAAGAGCUAUCCGGUCAAUCUAAUUGACAAAAACUGGGCCGAGCGGAAACUUUACUUUCGCAGUCCGGCUAAAUCAUUUCCAGAAAUGAUUCACAACAUGGAGGUAUUGGAGGAUGAUGUUUGGGUGAUUACGAAUCCCAAAAGCGGCACCACUUGGAUGCAGGAACUACUUUGGCUAUUGCUAAAUGACUGCAAUUUCGAAGCGGCACUGUCCAAGCACUUGGAACUACGCUCCCCCUUUCUAGAAUAUGAUUUUGUAAUGCACACCGAUGAGCAAAGAGCUCUGAAGCCCGUACAAGAGUUGCCGUCGCCACGCCUAAUCAAAUCCCAUCUGCCGCUCGCCUUGUUGCCCGUUCAGCUCUGGCAGAAAAAGGCGAAAGUGGUUUAUGUCUUUCGAAAUCCCAAGGACGCCUGGGUUUCAGCUUAUUAUCACGGAGUUACCAUUGGCUACAACUAUGGCCUCACGUUGGAGCAAUUUUUCAACGGCUGUCUAGAUGGCGAGAAUAUCAAACUGGAAUCCAUCGAACAUGCAGCUGAGUUCUAUCAACUGCGCAACGAGCCUUGGGUAUACUACACCAGCUUCGAGCGCAUGAAACUCGAUCUGCGAGCUGUUAUUGAGGACCUCUGCAAAUUUCUGGGCAAGACUGUAACGGAGCAGCAAAUGGAACGCCUACUUAAGCAUUUGUCGUUCGAAGAAAUGAAAAAAAAUCCAACCACAAAUCACAACUGGGAACUUGCUGAUGUCAAACAUGAAAACGCCCUUAAAACUAUUUACAACUUUGUACGCAGCGGCAAGGUGAAUGGCUAUAAGGACGAGCUGACAACCGAACAAAUCGAGAGAGCUGAUCGUCUGAUAGAACAACGACUACAAAACAACAAAGUUACACUAGAAGAACUAUUGUUGCUGGAUCACCUACGAUAAGAUAAUUUACCCAGAUUCACAAAUUGUUUACUGAACUAACGCCUCACAAAAAUAUUACGGUUCUCUGUCAACAACAACAACUGGAUGUGUAUCUUCAUAUAUAACACGUAGAGAAAGACUAAGGAUAUUUGAACCCUCCCUUAAAA